GCUGCUGCUGCUGGAGGAAAAGGUGAAAGAGGGCAAAGCGGAAGGUGGCAGUACGCUGCGAACCGUCAACCGGUCGACGUGUGCGGAACAAACGAGAGAGAGAGAGAGAGAGAGAGAGAGAGAGAGAGAGAGAGAGAGAGAGAGAGAGAGAGAGAGAGAGAGACACUGAACCCUUGAUACAACCACGUGACAACCAAAGACUAUCGACUUUUUAUACCCUCGUGAUCGCCGAUUCUUCAUUCUCCAUAUCGAUCUUUGGAAUCGCGUUAAAAAAGAAAAAAAAAAAGAAGAGAAAAAAAAGAAAAGAAAAUAAAAAAUAAAGAACAGAAUAAAAAAAGGGAAAGAAAGAAAGAGAAGAGAGAAAGUAAAAAAAAAAAAGAAUAAAAAAUAUCCGACAAUUUUGAGGAAAAUAUUUCGUCUGGGAGGAGAAAGCGCACCCUCUUUUUGUCGUCGUCGUCGUCGUCGUCUCUCUUUCGUAUUUUCUUCUUUUCUUUUCCUUUCUUUUCUUUUCUAUUUCUAUUUUUCUUUUUUGAUUUCAAGUUUUCUCGUGAGAUGACGAUGACACGUGCUUUGAACAUAUUAUCUACCGAAUUUACGAUAGAUAAUAACAAUUAAGAGAUGAAAGAUUCGCGAUAAUCAGUGAGAUUUAUUCGAAGAAGGAAUUUCUCGUCUUCUUUAUCAUUUCGUCGAUCUUUUGAGAUCGAGCGACAUCGUCUAGAAACCACGUGACGUUCUAAGGGAGAAAAACGGGACAGAAGGUGUUCGAGGAUGAGGACGGAAUUGCAGUACGAGUUUAGUUGAAUGAGAUCGUAGAAGAAAAUAGCUGGUAAAUACGGAGGGCGGAUUAUCGCGCCAGUAAGGAACGAGUGAAGAGAGAAAGAGAUAGAGAGAGAUAGAGAGAGAGAGAGAGAGAACGAGGGAAAGGGAAAGAGAGAGAGAGAAAGGGAAAGAAGGAGGAUGAUGAGGACAGCAUAGAUGCGGAAGUGGACGUGCUUCGCUAACGAUAACGACUUCAAGAGAACGACAGCCAACGGGAGACUAAUGUCUUCCUGCAAGAACUAGAAUCUGAUACGACUUCUAAUAACUCCUAAUUUUUCAACGAAAUUUUACGAUCCCUUCUCCGUAUGGAAUAAUAAAAUCGAGAACGUCGAUUAUUGACUAAACAUAAUUUAUUACCGUUAUUGUCGAUUAAGAUGUGGGCCAAGAACGUUCCUCAACAACAAUUGAAAUCGUUGUAAUUAUUAUGAUAUGAUAUAUAUAUAUAUAUAUAAAAGAAAAAAAAAUAACGAGGACAUCGUAAAACGAGAAGACCGUAUAAGGAUUUUAAUGAGAUUCUAUGGAACAACUUGAGAUAAUUGUGUCUAUACCUAAUUAUAACUUUCAAAUAGACAUGAUUGACCAAUAGAAAUGUCCCAAGGUUUUGAGAAAAAGCAAUAAAUAAAUGAAUGAAUAAAAAGAUCAAAAAAAAAAAAAAAAAAAAAAAAAAAAAAAAAAAAAAAAAAAAAAAACAAAAAGGAAAAGAAAGAAAAAAAGGAAGAAGAAAAGAAAAAGAAAAAUACAAAAAGAGGAUCUUAUUAAAAAUGUCAUUGAGAUUCGUGUUAUACUUAAAAUACAUUGAUACGGAAAGUAUUAAGUUUUAAGCGAAGGUCUCCGAUGCACGAAAAAAAAAGAAAAAAAGAAAAAAAAGGAAAAAGAAAAAGAAGAAGAAAAAAGAAAAGCGAACCUCGUAAAUAAAAGAAAAGAUAAAGAAAAGAAAAGAUAAAGAAAAGAAAAGAAAAUGAAAUGAAAUGAAAUAAAAUAAAAUAAAAUGAAAUAAAAAGAUGAUGACUAAAAAGAUAAGUCCAACCAAAGAAUAUCACCGACUGGAAUAUUAUUACGAUGAAUAUAAAUGAACGGAUAAUAUAUAAUAGUAUUAUAUAUAUAUAUAUAUAUACAUUUAUAUAUAUAUACUACACCGAGAAAUAGGAUUAGAAAUGAAAUACGAUGGAUAUACGCUUAUGUCGUCUCAUUGAUAAAGGACAUCGUCAAAUAGGAUGAUAAGGGAUAGGUCAUACGAUGACGUUGUAGAUAACGAUAUGGACUACAAGCAAGAUAUGAAGGAAGGGGAUAGUAAAGAGGCUGGGAGGACGAGGACUACUAUGAGGACUACUAUGAGGACUACGAUGAGGACGACGACGACGAUGAGGAUGAGGACGAGGACGAGGACGACGACGACGACGACGACGACGUUUCUGCCGUGGAGCGAUGUCGUCAUUAUGCCUUGCGGCAUUGAUCUUAACGAUAGUAGCUGAAGAUAAGCCGACGAACACGGUUUCGGUGUCGUCAAGUUCACCGGGACUACAAAGCAACACGCUACAGAAGCUGAUCAAGAUAUUGGAGAAAUAUGGUCUGGAAGAGCAGAGAGGAUUGAAGAGGGUCUACCUGAGCAACAGGUCGAUCACUUGCAACGAUGGCUCGCAGGCGGGCUUUUACCUACGUAAGUCGCACGGUUCGAAGAGGUGGAUCAUUUUCUUGGAAGGUGGCUGGUAUUGUUAUGAUCAUAAGAGCUGUAGAAACAGGUGGCUCAAAUUGAGACACCUUAUGACGUCGACCCAAUGGCCUGAAACACGUGACGUUGGCGGAUUGUUAUCAGGAAAUCCAGAAGAGAAUCCAUUUUGGUGGAACGCUAAUCACGUAUUUGUACCUUAUUGUACGAGCGACAGCUGGAGCGGUACGAGAACCUCGCUCAACGAUAUGUUUUCCUUUAUGGGGGCUGAGAUUGUCUCACAGGUUGUACGAGAUCUGAUACCGCUUGGCCUUGAAAAUGCAAGCUCAUUGCUACUGGCUGGUAGUAGUGCAGGUGGAAUUGGUGUUAUGCUUAAUCUCGAUCACGUGCAAAAUUUGGUUCAUCAGGAAUUAGGAUUAAAAAACAUAGCCAUACGUGGUGUCUCCGAUUCAGGCUGGUUUCUGGACAGAGCACCAUACUCACCGAAUGGUUUAUCACCUGUCGAUGCUGUUCACAAAGGAAUGGAACUUUGGAAAGCACGUAUACCACAUAAUUGCGUUGUUAAACAUCCGGAUGAACCUUGGAGAUGUUACUUUGGUUAUCGUCUUUAUCCGACCUUGACUGCUCCAUUAUUCGUCUUUCAAUGGCUCUUCGACGAGGCUCAAAUGUCUGCCGACAACGUUGGAGCACCUGUUACAAAACAACAAUGGGAUUACAUUCAUAAAAUGGGUGACAGUUUGAGGCAGACUUUCGAAAACGUCACCGCAGUCUUUGCACCGAGCUGCAUCAGUCAUAGUGUUUUAACGAAGAGAGAUUGGCAGUUGGUUAAAAUCGACGAGGUUUCAUUGGCACAGGCGUUGCAUUGUUGGGAACAAAUGCCACUUGGAAAUCAUCGUAACGAUAGUCAUUCCGAGAUCGAGACGAAUCAGCCCUGUACGAAAUCAUUGAGGAAACUUCUACGUUCCGGUCUAACGAAGAACAACGGCACAUUGGUCCAACUUGGGAGAGCUGAAAAAAAUAAUUUAUCAACCGAAACGAGAAAGAAGAGUUAUUCGAAUGGCGUUGUUAAAAUUGACGAGAAAGGAAUUAGUACGACCACCGGUCCGGAAAGAGAAAAUAAAAAGAGAAGGAGAAGAAAGCAUAAGGGUCGAAGAAGGGAUAGAAACAAGGAUGGAAGGACGAAGAAGGAUAAACACGAGAGAAGAAAAGCCUCGGGACGGCGAAAAAGUGGGAAACAAAGUAACGACAACAACACACACGCGGGAAUGUUCAAUGGUACGAGGCCACAACGUUCGGUGAUACCUAACGGAAAACGGAAAUGCGUCCAGGGCUGUCAUUUCCGAUUGAUCGAGCGUUGCACUUGGCCGCAAUGCAAUCACAGCUGUCCAAAGCUUCACAAUCCGUUCACAGGCGAAGAGAUGGACUUUAUCGAGUUACUUAAGAGCUUCGGUCUCGACAUGAAGAGCGUAGCUAAUGCCCUCGGCAUCGACAUACAAACCUUGAACAGUAUGGACCACGAUGAGCUCUUGAAUCUUCUUACGCAGCAAGCCAACAAAUAAACUUUCAAAGUAAGCUCUCUUAACAAUCAUCUUCAAGUUAUAUAAUUUUUUCUUUUCUUUUCUUUUCUUUUUUCUUUUUUUUUCUUUCUUUUUUUUUUUUUCUUUUCUUCUUUUUUUCAUACCAAAAUGGUACACACGAUAUUAUCACCU